GAAUAUUCCAAAAGACUUUCAUUGACUUUGACUGAACUUGCAAAGAGACUUGACUCGGAGCCGUUAAUGAGCAGCAACUGAGUAGCGUUAUUCUAAGGUAUUGAUCAGAAACACAUGUGACGUUUGAGGCUAUUUUCGCCGGUGUGGAUGUAUCAAUAUACUGUAUUUGUGCCCGAACAGCACAUUGUGUAGGCGAUGCACAACCCUCAACUCUCUGAUCAACGGGAAUAUACAUUUAUGUGACUAUUAUAAACACGUAGCUAAUACAAUAAGUAGUGUGGUUAACUUGCGAUGGACUCGACUUAUUGACGAAUUCGUGCGGAGGUCUUUCCUAUGUAAUAUUGCACUGCGAGCUCUGCGGCGACAGCGCCCGCCCAUCGACUUUUUCUCCUAGCAGAGCAGUGAAAGGAGAUUGAUUUUACUGGAGCAGCGGUGGAGUGUGCACGACCUGCAUACGUUUGGGUAGAGCUAUUGCCGCCGGAGGAAGUAUUUGAUUUACUUUCUCACCAAAGGACUUUGCAUACAGAUUUUUCGUAUUGAUCCGAACAUCUUGAUGUUGGCUAAAUUCUAAAUAGCGCACCAAGAAACGCCAGACAUACACACACAACGCUGGACUCAGGACUCCCUGCUGAGGUGGUGUGUCAUCCUACAGCGAAGCGCCUCCGCAAGGGAGAAUGGGCUGGGUCGCCUAGGCGUCUUUUAUGGGCGCAUUUCAUUGGAAAUAUGAGAAAUCGCUGAAGGCGAUAGUGGAGACAAGCGACACCCGAGUAUACCGAGCCCCGAAUCUCAGAGCAGGAUACGGGAGAGGUGAGGGCAUCCCAUAGGCAGUAGGUGGAGGGGAUCUUACUCUCAAGCCAGCCCAGAAGCUUGGAUCCUCGGGGUGUACCAGAGCUGCCCGACGCCGGAUACCGAGUUGGCCGCAGACCCCUCAUUUCCCCUUCAAUAAACCGACGUUUUGCGCCUCCAAACGGAUUAUAGGAACGGUUUCUGCGGAGAGAGAGAAACGAGAGACAAUGGGCAUCCACACGCUCCUUAUUGCAUGUUCGCUGCUUGGCGUGAGCAUGGCCCAAAGGGUGGUGACCGUUCAGAGCGGACCACUUGUACGGACGGAGGGCAGUCACGUGACCAUCUGGUGCAACGUGACUGGUUACAAGGAGGGCGUGGAGCAGGACUUUGAGUGGUCCAUGUACCUGACCUCGGUGCCCGACCGCGAGAUCCGCAUCGUGAGCACGGCCCAGUCCAACUAUGCGUACGCGGUGUACGCCCAGAGGGUCAACAGUAAGGAGAUCUGGGUAGAGAGGCUGACCAGGGACUCAGCCCUGCUCCACAUCACCAAGGUCCAGGCCAGAGACCAGGGGCUGUUUGAGUGUUACACCCCCAACACAGACGGACAGUACCUCGGCUCCUACAGCGCCCGCACCAAUCUCACCGUCAUCCCCGACUCCCUCGCUGUCACUGCGCCGCCACAGACCCUCUCCCAGGUGGAGGGUGACACGCUCCAGCUCACCUGUGAGGUUUCCCGGUCGACAGAGCAACACACACACCUGUCUGUGGGUUGGUACCUGCGUUCCCCUGAGGACGCUACCAUGUCGCCCCAGGAGAUCCUCACUCUGUCCCGAGACUUUGUCCUCCGGGCCGGUGCGCCUUACAAACAGAGGAUGACUGCAGGAGACCUGAGACUGGAUAAGACCAGCCCUACGUCCUACAGGCUGACCAUCCACCGGCUGCAGCCUGCUGACCAGGGCCUGCUCUACUGCCAGGCUGCAGAGUGGAUCCAGGACCCCGACCGCAGCUGGUUCACCAUGACCCGCAAGCAGGCUGAUAAGACCCAGCUACGGAUACAGCCCAUUGAUCGGGACUUCUCUAUCCAGGUGAGCACGGAGCGGCGGUCCUUCACGGCGGGCGAGCCGCUGGAGCUGCGCUGCACCAUCGAUGCCCAGAGCGUGCCCGAGCGCUUCUUCUCGGUGUCGUGGGUGUUCAGCAGCUCGCCGGUGGCCGUGAUAGGGCCCAGCGCUGUGCCCGUCCUGGGACUCGACUACGUGGCGCGUGAGGCCGCUGGUCACAUGACUGUGCGCAAGGAGAGCCCUACUGUGCACUUGCUUAAGCUGCAGCACCUCCGACCAGAGGAUGCUGGGAAAUACAUCUGCAGGGUCACGGAGAGGGAGAAGACACCCACCGGGGACUUUAUAGACCGGAGCAAGAGGUCACGCAACGUCCAGAUCACCGUCCAGCCCAUCAAGAGUAACGUCACAGUGUCUUUGUCCAGUAACUCGUCGGAGGUCCAGGAGGGGGACGUGGUCCAGCUGACCUGCUCCAUCCACUCCACCACGGGUCCUCUCUCUGUGGCCUGGCAGUGGAGUGAGAAUCAGGGCUCCACCCCUCCCCAGAACCUAGCCUCUGUAGACCGCGACGGGACUGUCCGACCAGGCCCUGGGUACCGUGAGCGCUCCAGCUACGGGGAGAUCCGUGUGGAGAGGGUACAGGAGGACAUUUAUACCCUAUCCCUCUACAACGCCCUGCCUGGGGACGAAGGGCUGUUCCGGUGCACGGCCACAGAGUGGGUGGAGGCCGGGACAGAGUCCGAGCAGAGUUGGGAGAAGAUAGGGGAGAAGUCAGCUACUAAGGCCAUCACUGUUAAGACCGUGGAAUCCUCCUUUGUGGUCUCGGCGUCAUCGCGGACGCCCAGCGUGACAUUUGGCGACUCGUUUGACCUCCAGUGCCUGGUGAAGCCCCGCCAUAACCCUCGUGUGCCUGCCUCUGUCACCUGGCGCUUCAUGCCCGCCAGUUCGGGCUCUUCUGGGGAGGUUGGCACAGCAGGCAUGUUCCGAGACCUGGUAACGUUUACCCGCGAGGGCACGCUGCAGUGGGGCGAGCAGCUGCUGGGCCUGGGCACCCGCACCACCGUGGACCGUUCCCAUUCCAACACCAACUUCAGAUUGUCUGUGACGCGCGCUGGGCGCAAGGAGGCGGGGACGUAUCAGUGCUCUGCCCUCCUGUGGAGGAGGAACUACGACAACACCUGGAGCAAAGUGGCCAACAGGACGUCCAACCUGCUGGGGAUCAGCGUGUUACAGCCAGUGUCUAAGUUGCGUGUGCAGAAGACCAACCAGUCCCUGGUCUACCUGGAGGACAGUCGUGUGCGCGUCAACUGCUCCGUGGCCUCUCAGACCAGCACCGACUCACAGCAUGCCAUGCUUUGGUACGUGCGCCGCGCGACGGGUGCCGAGGCCGACGAGCUCCUGCUGAGGAUUGAGCGCUCAGGUGCAUUUGAGUAUGGCGCGUACGCAGACGAGGAGAGGUUGAGGCGGCGGGUGCAGGCAGAGAGGAUGUCGCCACAGCUGUAUGCGCUGACACUGAACAGGGCAGAGAGCAGCGACUCUGGGACUUACUACUGCCUGGUGGAGGAGUGGCUCACAGAUCCAGACGGAGCCUGGUACAGACUGUCACGGGACUCCUCAGGCUUCACACAGGUCCUCGUCAGACAGCCAGAGGUGCGGUUACAGGUGGAGGAGUCCGAGUCUAAUAUCACCGUGUCCCAGUCCAGUUCCAUCCGGUUGGGCUGUAGCAUUCCCUCCCAGUCCUCCAGAGACUCCCGUUUCUCCGUGUCCUGGUAUGUGGAGCGCUCCUCCAUGCUCUCUGAGGAGGAAGAACAGGGGGAUGUUGAUGAGGGAAACCGGGCCUGUGUGUUCUCCAUCGGACACGACGCCGUGUUCGGGAACGGGAACUGUAGCCCAAUCGAGGAGGCGGGGCCUAACUCACGCCUGCAGUUUGAGAGGACGACCUCUGACCUCUACAGUCUGACCAUCCAGGGGGCGCGACCCGCUGACGCUGGGCGCUACUACUGUCAUGUGGAGGAGUGGCUGCUCAACCCCCGCAACGCCUGGUAUCGCCUGGCAACCAACAUCUCUGAUGUCACCAUCGUCAACGUGAUCCAGCAGGUUUCCACCCUGCAGUCGGUGGUAUGUUCCAACGACUCUCUCUUCUACUUUGUCUUCUUCUACCCGUUCCCCAUCUUCGGCAUCCUCAUCAUCGCCGUGCUCCUGGUGCGCUACAAGAGCCACAGACACAGCAAAUCCCAGGAGAGCAAGAACGGUGCCCCUUUACUGUGGAUCAAAGAACCCCACCUCAGCUACUCCCCCACCUGCCUGGACCCACCCGUCCUCAGCCUGCACCCCGGCUCAGUGGACUAAGGACAGAUCCAUAGCCCUCAUCCCAUAGUCCUCAUCGCGGACCCAACUAAUACCACGCCAGGGAGGGGCUACUCCGGACCUCCACCUGUCUAAUCACUUCUGUAUCCAAGCUGUCAAUCAAUCCGUCCAUCCAUGUAUAAUCCCACCCCCCUUUCUGGCUGUCUGUGAGUUACCCUGUAGCAGCUCUGUCAUGUGGGUGUGUGAGCAUGUGGAAAAGUGUGUGUGCUUGGAAUGUGCAGACGUGUGUAUGCAGGACAUGUGUGGAUGCAGGACAUGUGUGUAUGCAGGACGUGUGUAUGCAGGACGUGUGUGUAUGCAGGACAUGUGUGUAUGCAGGACAUGUGUGUAUGUAGGACAUGUGUGUAUGUAGGACAUGUGUGUAUGCAGGACAUGUGUGUGUAUGCAGGACAUGUGUGUAUGCAGGACAUGUGUUUAUGCAGGACAUGUGUGUAUGCAGGACAUGUGUUUAUGCAGGACGUGUGUGUAUGCAGGACAUGUGUUUAUGCAGGACGUGUGUGUGUAUGCAGGAUAUGUGGUGUAUGCAGGACGUGUGUGUAUGCAGGACAUGUGUGUAUGCAGGACAUGUGUUUAUGCAGGACAUGUGUGUGUAUGCAGGGCAUGUGUGUGUAUGCAGGACGUGUGUGUAUGCAGGACAUGUGUGUAUGCAGGACAUGUGUGUAUGCAGGACGUGUGUGUAUACAGGACAUGUGUGUGUAUGCAGGGCAUGUGUGUGUAUGCAGGACAUGUGUGUGUAUGCAGGACAUGUGUGUAUGCAGGACGUGUGUGUAUGCAGGACAUGUGUGUAUGCAGGACAUGUGUGUAUGCAGGACGUGUGUGUAUGCAGGACAUGUGUGUAUGCAGGACAUGUGGUGUAUGCAGGGUGUGUGUGUGUAUGCAGGACAUGUGGUGUAUGCAGGACAUGUGUGUAUGCAGGACAUGUGUGUAUGCAGGACGUGUGUGUAUGCAGGACAUGUGUGUAUGCAGGACAUGUGUGUAUGCAGGACGUGUGUGUAUGUAGGACAUGUGUGUAUGCAGGACGUGUGUGUAUGCAGGACGUGUGUGUAUGUAGGACAUGUGUGUAUGCAGGACGUGUGUGUAUGCAGGACGUGUGUGUAUGCAGGACGUGUGUGUAUGCAGGACAUGUGUGUAUGCAGGACGUGUGUGUAUGCAGGACGUGUGUGUAUGCAGGACGUGUGUGUGUAUGCAGGACAUGUGUGUGUAUGCAGGAAAUGUGUGUGUAUGCAGGACAUGUGUGUGUAUGCAGGACAUGUGUGUGUAUGCAGGACGUGUGUGUAUGCAGGACAUGUGGUGUAUGCAGGGCGUGUGUGUGUAUGCAGGACAUGUGGUGUAUGCAGGACGUGUGUAUGCAGGACAUGUGUGUAUGCAGGACAUGUGUGUAUGCAGGACAUGUGGUGUAUGCAGGACAUGUGUGUAUGCAGGACAUGUGUGUAUGCAGGACGUGUGUGUAUACAGGACAUGUGUGUGUAUGCAGGGCAUGUGUGUGUAUGCAGGACAUGUGUGUGUAUGCAGGACGUGUGUGUAUGCAGGACGUGUGUGUAUGCAGGACGUGUGUGUGUAUGCAGGACAUGUGUGUGUAUGCAGGACAUGUGUGUAUGCAGGACGUGUGUGUAUGCAGGACAUGUGUGUGUAUGCAGGACAUGUGUGUGUAUGCAGGACGUGUGUGUAUGCAGGACGUGUGUGUAUGCAGGACAUGUGUGUGUAUGCAGGACAUGUGUGUGUAUGCAGGACGUGUGUGUAUGCAGGACGUGUGUGUAUGCAGGACAUGUGUGUGUAUGCAGGACAUGUGUGUGUAUGCAGGACGUGUGUGUAUGCAGGACGUGUGUGUAUGCAGGACAUGUGUGUGUAUGCAGGACAUGUGUGUGUAUGCAGGACGUGUGUGUAUGCAGGACAUGUGUGUAUGCAGGACGUGUGUAUGCAGGACGUGUGUGUAUGCAGGACAUGUGUGUGUAUGCAGGACAUGUGUGUGUAUGCAGGACGUGUGUGUAUGCAGGACAUGUGUGUAUGCAGGACGUGUGUAUGCAGGACGUGUGUGUAUGCAGGACAUGUGUGUGUAUGCAGGACAUGUGUGUGUAUGCAGGACGUGUGUGUAUGCAGGACGUGUGUGUAUGCAGGACGUGUGUGUGUAUGCAGGACAUGUGUGUGUAUGCAGGACAUGUGUGUGUAUGCAGGACAUGUGUGUGUAUGCAGGACAUGUGUGUGUAUGCAGGACAUGUGUGUGUAUGCAGGACGUGUGUGUAUGCAGGACGUGUCUGUAUGCAGGACAUGUGUGUAUGCAGGACGUGUGUAUGCAGGACGUGUGUGUAUGCAGGACAUGUGUGUGUAUGCAGGACAUGUGUGUGUAUGCAGGGCGUGUGUGUGAUUUGGAAGUAUGAGUGUUUAUCUCUUGCUCUCUUUUUUUUUCCCUUUCUCUCUCCUUCUCUUUUCUCCCUGUCCAGUGGAAAACCGGAUUUCAUAGCUAUACUUUAUUCUUUUUAUUUCUCAGAAACAGUGGUCUGUUUUUCAAAAGAUGUGAAGAUCACUCUAGAAUGGAACAAUCUGGAAACAGGGGAAUGACAAGUCAAGGAUCCUAUAGUAUAGGUGCAUACUGUACUGUUCUGUACUGUGGACCUGGUGAGGAUGAUAAGAAAUGUCUCUCUCUGUGCUCAGUGGACUUAGCACUGAUCUCAGAGCAGUUACUGCUUGGCCUUAUACAUUAGUUACCUUAGUGAAGGCCCUCCUCCCACCGACUCCAGAGCUGUGGACUGGAAUGCCACAGAAACACUAAAACACAAAGACAAUCCCUGUGGCUUGGAAGUGGACUGUGUGUGUGAGACAAUGUGUGAGAGUGUGUGUGUUCACCCAUCUGUUUCCUCAGUGUGUUUGCGUUGGCAGACAGAGACAGACCUGGCCAACCCAUUGAACACUGCCAGACACCAGGCAUCAGUGUGAAUGCACUGCUCCUCCUCUCCAAACAGAGAGAGAAUGAGGGAAUGUGGGAGGGAAAGAAAGAGAGAGAGAAGGGAGGAGGAUAAAUGAACUUCUCUGUCCUGCUGAGGGCAUACUUUUGACAUGAAGGAUAUUUUAGUGCCAAUACCUUCUUAUUACACUCUUCCCUCUGCAACAAGUGUGUGAAGUUUAAAGCGGGCGAGUAAAGCCGAUUGGCUCUGAGGCACUCUGUAAAUAUGGCUACCGACCCCCUGCUGGAGGAUUAUGGGCCUUGUAGGCAUAAAGUGAGAUUUUUACGCUUAUGUUAAACCAGUUGAGCCGUUUUUGGCAUAAAUGUGUUGACACAGUGGAAAUUAUUGACUGAAAUGAAAUUUUCUGCCAUUUUAAACGUUGUCUGCUAUAGACUUUAAUUAAUGGAAACAAGCUGUUCAGCUCUCAGAAAUUCCUGUAGAGGGGCGGUGAGACACAACGCAUAUCAUCACUAGAGGGGUGUAGAAGUACAUGCAGCUUACCACACACACACACACACACACACACACACACACACACACACACACACACACACACACACACACACACACACACACACACACACACACACACACACACACACACACACACACACACACACACACA